GGUCGUGUGUGCGCGUCUCUCUGGUCCUACAUACAUAUACCUAUACCGCUGUCUGCCCGUCGCUCGUUGUUCAUUGUACGAAUAGUGUGUGCCGAGGCUACAAGUAAAAACUCCCGGCGAAGCCAUCGAGAUUUGACCAGACUUUUAUAAACAAUCAAUCAAAAUGGGUAAGGAGAAGGUUCAUAUUAACAUCGUCGUCAUUGGACACGUAGAUUCCGGAAAGUCGACCACCACUGGUCACUUGAUCUACAAAUGCGGUGGUAUCGACAAGCGUACCAUCGAGAAGUUCGAGAAAGAAGCCCAGGAGAUGGGUAAGGGAUCCUUCAAAUAUGCAUGGGUCUUGGACAAACUGAAGGCUGAACGUGAGCGUGGUAUCACUAUUGACAUCGCUCUGUGGAAGUUUGAAACCUCGAAAUACUACGUCACCAUCAUCGACGCCCCUGGUCACAGAGAUUUCAUUAAGAACAUGAUUACGGGAACGUCACAGGCUGAUUGUGCCGUGUUGAUUGUCGCUGCUGGUACUGGUGAGUUCGAGGCCGGUAUCUCGAAAAAUGGCCAGACCCGUGAGCACGCUCUGCUUGCCUUCACUCUUGGUGUCAAGCAGCUCGUCGUUGGUGUCAACAAGAUGGACUCUACUGAGCCGCCAUACAGCGAAGCCCGUUUCGAGGAAAUUAAAAAAGAAGUCUCUUCGUACAUUAAGAAGAUCGGUUACAAUCCAGCAGCUGUUGCUUUCGUACCCAUCUCUGGAUGGCACGGAGACAACAUGUUGGAGCCAUCCAACAAAAUGCCCUGGUUCAAGGGAUGGGCGGUUGAGCGAAAGGAAGGCAAAGCUGAUGGUAAAUGCCUUAUUGAAGCCCUUGAUGCCAUUCUCCCACCCUCCAGGCCAACCGACAAGGCCCUUCGUCUUCCCCUGCAGGACGUGUACAAGAUUGGAGGUAUUGGAACGGUACCCGUCGGUCGUGUCGAGACUGGUGUCUUGAAACCUGGUAUGGUUGUCACCUUCGCCCCAGCUGGUCUUACCACUGAAGUCAAGUCCGUUGAAAUGCAUCAUGAAGCCCUCACGGAAGCCGUACCCGGAGAUAACGUUGGUUUCAACGUUAAAAACGUUUCUGUCAAGGACUUACGUCGUGGUUAUGUCGCUGGUGACUCAAAGAACAAUCCACCCAAGGGUGCAGCUGAUUUCACUGCUCAGGUCAUCGUAUUGAACCACCCUGGUCAAAUCAGCAACGGUUACACGCCUGUGCUUGAUUGUCACACAGCCCACAUUGCCUGCAAAUUCUUUGAGAUCAAAGAGAAAUGCGACCGUCGUACUGGCAAGGCCACAGAGGAAAACCCCAAGGCUAUCAAAUCGGGUGAUGCUGCCAUCGUCAACCUGGUCCCAACCAAGCCUAUGUGCGUAGAGUCCUUCCAUGAGUUCCCACCCCUUGGGCGUUUCGCUGUUCGUGACAUGCGUCAAACAGUCGCCGUUGGUGUCAUCAAGUCCGUCAAUUUCAAGGACGUCACUGGAAAGGUCACCAAGGCCGCUGAAAAGGCCCAGAAAAAGAAGUAGUCUUAGUUUCCGCGCACACGAGCCUACGGCCGCAGAUGCCCGGCUCUUUCAACCUUCAGCGGCGGCGCAGCCAGCUAUCGCAGCAGCUAUAUUACUCCUAUUACCACCCACGUUACCGCCACCGCUGCGCCGCGCCUUUCCUUCCAGCAAUAUCAGCAACAGCUAUCCGGCUGUGGCUGAAAGGCUCGUCCAUCUACCCAGGCGGCUCCGACGGCACUUCUUUCAUCGCAAAGAGUUCCGCAGGAAAGGAAGUUCGCCUGCCUCGCGUAUGAAACUCGACUAUUAACCUGGAAGGCUGGGAGCGACGGAGAAGGCGACGUUAUAGGACAUGCGCUGUUGUCCAGCUGAGCGCCGCCACUGCAACUAUUUGAUCAUUUGUGUACCAGUUUCACAAAGCAACAACAACAACAUAACAACAUCGUGGAAGAAGACCAAUAACUUAAUUUAGCCGAUCUUUAUAUUUUCUAAUUAUUAUACGAAAAUAAUAAAAAUCCUAUAUCUGCGAUAUUCGAAAAACACCUCAAUGUUUUUUUUAAAUUAUUGUUCAUUGUUAUUUUUUAUCAAUUGCUUCAAACGCAUCUUUAAAAUACAACACAAUCUACAUUUAUACAUUUUUUUUUUUUAAGCCAGGUGCUUCUAACUUUCAUUUCCCGAUCGUUACAAAGAUAAUUAUCAAUGCAAAUUUAACUGCAACUGUUCUAAUAAUUAAAAUAACGCUCGUUACAAUUCUUUUUGUGACUAAUUUUUUGAUACGUGGAGAGAGUAUGACUGGAGCAAAAAAUCCUAUGAAACUAGUUUUUUUUACUAUGAAUGAAUUAUAACAGUCGCUUUUUUUAAACAAAUACCGCAGCAGAUGGAAUCUUCCAACUCUUGAGUCUGAUGAAUUAUAAUAUUGUCUAAUCGCAUGCUUUUUAAUAAAGUCAAAAUGUAAUUUUUGAUCAA